GCAGUCCAGUCCAGUUCCCACAGCCGGCCGUCGGCAUGGCGCACCGGGCUCUCUGCACACUCAUGGUCAUCGGGCUCAGCUGGGCUCCGGCUUGCGGUCAAGACAUCGUGUUCGGCAGGCCCUUCGACAAGCCCGUGUCAUCAUCGUCCUCCUUCAUUGAAAUUCCGGCGAAUGUGCCCGGCAGCGACGUGGUGCUUCUGCGCGGCGGCGACGGCCAGUCCGACUGCCGGGACCCCGACCGUCAUCUGGGCCGCUGCGGCGUGUUCCAGGAGUGCCGGCCGCUGACCAGCACCCUGCUGCCGCUGACCACGGGCAGCGUGCGCUACCUGAGGCGCUCGAUCUGCCGCUUCAAAGGCGGCCAGGCGAUCGUCUGCUGUCCGCACGACCCGCCACGGCUGGAGGCGACCACGGCGGCGCCGCCCUCGCUCGGCGACGAGUCGCGCCCGACGCCACCGGCGCCGACGGAGCCGGGCCCGACGGCAGGGAGCGGGACGGAGACCGCCACCGAGUCCGGCGCGGGCGGCGAGGUCAAGCCCACCGAGCCCGCUGAGGUCGAGACCAGCACGGCCGCAGCGACCGAGGCGGCUGCGACGACGCCAGCUGAGCCUGAGGACGAGUCCGCGGUGCCGCCGACCGGCACCGAGGCCCCGGUGCAGGUGGUUGACGCUGUGCCCGGCACCGUCCAGCCGGACGCCUCCACAACGUCCGCGUCCCCCGAGCCCUCCUCGGAGACGAUGGCGCCGGACGCCGACUCGGCUGGUGCCGGCGCUGACUCGACAACGGAGGCUGCGGUGGAGGCGGAGGCCACCGCGCCGCCCGCCGAGAUGAACACCGCGCCGCCCGCCACCACCACUGCCGUGGUAGACUCCACCACCCCCGCCAGCGCCGGGGACACCACCGGGGAGCCGGGAGCCGGGAGCGCGGAGCCGGGGCAGACCAACGGUCUCCGACUGGAGGAGGACGGCAGGGGCGAGCCGGUCGCCCCGCCGGGUCUGGACACGUGCGGCUACAGGAACGUCAGCGCCAACCGCAUCAUCGGCGGUCGCAUCGCCGAGCCCAACGCCUGGCCAUGGCUGGCGGCUCUCGGUUACGAGUUUACGGAGAACAAGAUCGAAUUCUUCUGUGGAGGAGCCCUGCUCACAGACCAGCACGUUCUCACGGCCGCCCACUGCAUCAAACCGGAGCUAAAGACGGUCCGGCUCGGAGACCAUGACUUGUUCAACGAAACCGAAGUGAACACCGUGGUUGAACACCCGGUCCUGGCCAGCUUCCCUCAUCAGGAGUACAACAAUCGUACCUUAUUCCACGACAUUGCCAUCAUCAAGCUGCGAACUCGUGUGAAACUUACCGACGCUGUGCAUCCUGUUUGCCUUCCCAUUGUUCCUGAGAUGCGAGAGUUGAAUCUGGUCAGGAAAACGGCCUUCAUCGCUGGAUGGGGGACCACAAAGUUCAGUAAGUGAAAAAUGGCAUGAG